CGCUCUCAUUCUCGAGCGAAGCAGCUAUCCUGUAUCUGGUACGAGAGGUGCUGUGAUCUGCUUCCAUUUUCACACGCAGACAGAAGGCGUUAUCACGAGUGCAAGGUUGCUGUAGCGUUCAUGAGAAUUUUCUUACCGGGAGGGUUCAACGUAAAGGGCAGCGACGACGAAGCCAAAGCCCAUAUCCUGGAACUGGGACGUACUGCCGAGACCAACAUUCGCGCUUUUCUUGAGGAAGCAAACAUCAAGGCCAAGUCAGUCGGAACGAUCGUGAAGAUUCUUAAGCGCAUGCAUACCGAAGGUAAGCUAAAUCACCGCAUCGAGGCUUACCAGAGACUGGUGAACGAAGGACGGGUUGUGGAUGUGACACCACCCAAGUCGUUGCACGUGCUGCUCCCUCGCUAUACUUGA